AUUUAGCAUCUAGAUACUUUAAAAUUUAUUAUUACAAUUACAAGUAUUAUCACAAGUACGGUACAUUCUCAUCCAAAAGUCCUUCUUCACAGAAAAUAUAACAAUGGCGCAAAAUGGAUCAAGCACAAAUGGACAUGAAGCAACAUGGAUUCGUCCCGAUCGUCCACCUCGUUGUACGUGGCAUCUUGGAACAACAGAGCCUUCACCUCAUCAGCAUUAUAAAAGACGAUUUGAUAGAACAAAGGCAUAUUCAUCUGUCUUAGAUGCAAUAGGUGACACUCCUCUCGUGCGGAUGUCCAGGAUUGAGAAGACUGAGGGAGUGAAAUGUGAACUAUAUGCAAAAUGUGAAUUUUUUAAUGCUGGCGGAUCGGUAAAAGACAGGAUUGCUUUACGAAUGGUGGAAACAGCUGAGAAAUCUGGGCUGAUAAAACCUGGGUAUACUUUGAUCGAGCCUACGUCUGGAAAUACAGGAAUUGGUCUCGCACUUGCAGCUGCAGUGAAAGGCUACAGAUGUAUUAUUGUAAUGCCUGAAAAAAUGAGCGCUGAAAAGGUGAAUGUUCUCCGAGCUCUCGGAGCAGAAAUUGUUCGUACACCGACAUCAGCAUCCUUCGAAAUGCCUGAAUCUCAUAUCAGAGUUGCUCAGAAGUUACAGAAUGAGAUUGAAAAUGCAGUUAUUCUAGAUCAGUACAUCAACUCUGGGAAUCCUGUUGCCCAUUAUGACACAACAGCAGAAGAAAUAAUUGAACAAUGUGGAGGUCAUGUUGACAUGGUGGUGGUGGGCGCAGGAACUGGGGGUACAGUCUGCGGGAUUGGAAGAAAAAUGAAAGAAAAGAUUCCCAACUGUAAGGUUGUAGGGGUAGACCCUCUUGGCUCAAUCCUAGCUCAACCUGGCGAACUGAAUAAAACUGACGUCAGUUUCUAUGAAGUGGAAGGGACAGGCUACGAUUUCAUUCCAACGGUACUGGACAGGUCUGUUGUUGAUAAAUGGUACAAAACAGCUGAUAAGGAUUCUUUUAUCAUGGCAAGAAGACUGAUAAGAGAAGAGGGUUUCUUAUGCGGUGGCAGUAGCGGUGCAGCGAUGCAUAUUGCGCUUCAAGCAUGCCGAGAAUUAAAGGAAGGACAGAAAUGUGUUGUGCUGUUACCUGAUUCUGUCAGGAAUUAUAUGACCAAAUUCUUGAAGGAAGAAUGGAUGAUUGAGAGGAAUUUCUUACCUGAAAAAAACAUGGAAAAGAAAUGGUGGUGGGACGUCCCCGUCUCGAAGAUAAAAUUACAUACACCCGUGUCUGUGCUCCCUACAACAAGAUGUGGCGCCACCUUGCAGAUUAUGGAAGAACAAGGAUUUGACCAGAUACCUGUUGUCGACGGGAACGGUGUUGUUCUUGGCACAGUUACAAUGGGAAACAUGAUGAGCAAUCUUACGUCUGGUAAAAUUGUUCCUAACGAUGCUGUGUCGAAGACUUUGUAUAAAGGAUUCAAGGAGAUUCAAAUGACAGACAACCUGAAGAAACUUUCACGAAUUUUGGAAAUUGAUCAUUUUGCGAUUGUGAUGCAUAGCAAGCUACAAUGUGACAUUGCCAACCUAUCAUUGACAGACUUGAAACCAAGCAUAAAAAGUUUGAGAGCUGAACCUGUCGGAGGAGCAAAGAUUACAAAUGGAGAUGGCCAUUCAUCACAGAUCUAUGGAAUAGUGACAUCAGUGGAUUUCUGUCGCUAUCUUGCUACAAACGCGCCCAAGGAGUGAACAAAUAUUUUUCUCCCGUCAUUGUACAAUACUUGUUACUAAGGUUUUAUGUGAAAUAAAUAUGCAACUAAAUAUGCAUAUGUAACCCCAGAUUAAUAUUAUCGUUAUAUAAUUUGCAUUAAUACGUUCGGUUUUAUGGUUUGAAAUGUACUAGACUUCAGACAGGCAGUUCAUUAUACAGGGUGGUCGCUGUCAUUUGUAAAGCAAAUAUUUUUUUUUUCAAAGAAUAACUUUUACAGAGUUUUUUAGAGACAUAUGUUAUUUUACACUCACAGAUGCUCAAAUGUCGUCCUUUGCACCUCAGAGCAGUGUCUUAACCUAGAAGUCCUAGCUCGUGUAGCGUUUCGAAGGUUAACUCGUUUCAAUUCAAACUGUAGCCUAUAUAUACACAUUUUAUUCGUGAUCUCAUCUGACCUUAAAUUUUCAGCUUUUCUCGCGCUCAUGCUGUAAAUGUGGGGAUAUUCUAAUCUAUAUUCUAAAAUAUGCAUUCGCUAACAAAAUUAGAUGAAUAUUUUUGUGUGUAUAUAUUUUGAUGGUGUUGCAGUAUUAUAUUUGGUUUAUGAUUUGCCAUGAACAGUACUUUAGAGCAGUGACCGACCUAUUUCGAUGCAUUCUUGCCUUCGGCUAUUUUGAAACUUUCAUUCCCCCAUACCUGAAAAAAUCUUUUACCGUUUGCUAUUCAAUCAUCAAUGAAUCAUUUUCUGAUGCUGUGCGCAACUAUCGCACCAAUUUAAAAUACGAGUUAGCGAUCAGAGACCGCCGACUUGGUGGUGAAACCAUCCCCUUUUAAAAUGUAAAUAAAAUAUACAUAGCAUUUUUUUGCAGCUCGAAACUACUUUUAGACCUAAAAACUUGAAAACCCAUGUUUUCCGGACCCCCUAGCUCAGGGUGGUCCAAGCCCGCGGGCCACAUUCAUUAUCUGUGGCCCGCGUCACAUUCGAAGAGUAAUCAAAAAAUCGCAUUUCGUGUUGUUUCGUCAUAAAAUUAAUCAGAAAAAUCUUGACAUAUUGUCAUCGCUAAUGUCCCUGAAUUAAAUAUUGUUAUGGCUAGCUGGGGAAACCAGCGAAGUUGAAUGAUGUUGUUAUCUAAAUUGUUAUCUGGCUUUCUAACUUUUUGGUCGGGAAUAUAUGCAAACAAUAUAGGCAUAGAAAACUAAAAAUCAAAUGCGGAUUCUAUUAGCCUAGAAUGGCUAUGUCUGAUAACUAUGUGUUUGCACAAUAAAAGAGUUUGUUUUGUAUUGCACUUUUUACCUAUUGUGGCCCUCUAACAAUGCAAAAAUAAUAUUGUGGCCCGCGGAGCCGACAACCUUGGACCACCCUGCCCUAGCUCAUACAUUUACUUGACAAUUAAAUUAUUCAGAACCCCUCCAUUUUAAAAAUUUCUGGUUUUGCCCCUUCUGCUGAAUAGUACUGUUUUUGAUAUCUCAGACAAGUUAAAUUUGGGCAUGCUUUGUAAAGAUUAUGGUCACGGUGAUUAGAACCUUUCAGAAUAAAUAGCAUUCCUACUUAGCAUUCCAAAUAGUACUAGUACAUUAUUUCGUUUUGUAGUUGAAUUUAGCAUGUAAAGAUUUACUGCCGAGGAUUUUCUAAGCUGUUUUUGUGUAUAUAUUAUUGAUGGUGUUGCAAUAUUACUACUGCAUAUUUCCGGGUGUCACGUACUAUUUUACUGUGUUCCAAUGUGGACUAGUUUAGUGGAAAAACGAUUUGGUAACAGUUCCUAAACUGUGUGUCUAGUUUAUGAUCUCAAACUUACGAGAUCCUCGGGUCCCCUACCAGUGGUGGUAUUAAAAUAUUUUGUCGGCCGGUUCAUCACAAAGUCAUAUUUUCCAGCCGGUUCUGUUACAAAAUAUCAUUGACGUUAACCAGUAAUGCUAACCGGUCUGCUGAUCUCAUAAAAUUCUAUGAGACGGUUCUAUAGAACCAGUGCGAAUCGGCUGAAUCCCACCACUGGCCUCUACCCUCCAUGACUUCCAGUGCUUAUACCUAGUUCUGCUUUUAACAUGUUCCAAACGGUUAUUUAAGUAGUUUAGUUUAUAGUGAAAAACCAACAAAAUAGUCAAAGUCAAAAAUUAAACAAAUAACAGUUAAUUCACUUAAAAAAUUAAGUCCUCACAAAUGCUACCUAGUAAAGGCUAUUGCUCAUGCCCCCUAGUGGCCCAGUUUGAAAACUCUGGGUGUAGUGCCUCGUGAAACAUCGAUUCAUUUUCAAAUAACUUCACAUCUGCCCGUGUUUAGAACUGGUAUCAGUCGUGUUACAAUAACCUAAAAAAACAAGCUCAUCUACCGUAUUGAUUAAAUCAAGCCCAUCUGGAACAAAUAACUGGGUGACUAAUCUCAUAACUGAUAUAGACCGACUGGUAAUCGGCCAAAAGACUGUGGUGUGAUACCCCAUAUGAUUAAGCCGUUUUAUCGGCCUUUUCAUCCCCCGGGAUAAAAUAUGAUACCUCAUCUUGAAUGUGCAUAUAUCCUGAAAAACAUUUCCUUAUUCUAGUUAAAUGUUAAUAAAAUGGAAUAUUAUUUGCAA